AUUUAAUUUAAUUUAAGUUUAAAUAUGAUUUUCCUUCUUACAAUUAUACACGUUUUUGUUUUGUUUUAGGCUAAUGUAAAUAUUUUUAGUUUUUUAGUUUAAGUUCGGUCGUUAAUUAGUCGUUACAAAUUUAAAACAUCAUUUAUAAAGACGAAUCCAAUCAAAAAAGUUACACAGAUUUUUUUUUGCUGCAAAAAAGUUACAUAGAUUAAAACCUCAAAAUUGCUACAAUUGCAUGACUAAAAUAUAUUAUAAACCUUUUUUAUCGUUUAACACUUUUUCAAAAGUUGUUAUAAAUGGACCAAAACUCUAAAAAAUGUUAUUUAUUUUUUAAAAUAAGCGCGAUGGGUUAUCACCAUAUAUGAUACUGAAAUUAAAUUAAUUACAGCUAACUUGUACAUAAGUCAUGCUCAAUUUAUUUACAAGGAUGGAAGGGAAGGUAGCUUUGAUCACUGGUGGUGCAAGCGGCAUUGGCGAGGCCACCGCAAGACUCUUCUCCAAGCACGGAGCUAAAGUGGUAAUAGCUGAUAUUCAAGAUGACAUAGGUCAUUCUAUUUGCAAUGAUUUACUCGAAUCGCCUGCCUCCUAUGUCCAUUGCGACGUGACAAAGGAAAAAGACGUUGAAAACGCCGUGAAUACAACAAUUUCCAAGUAUGGUAAACUAGAUAUCAUGGUUAACAAUGCUGGUAUAGCCGGUGCAAACAAAACCAACAUACUUGAUUACAAGUUAUCUGAAUUUGAGGAAGUGAUUAAUGUUAACUUGGUUGGUGUCUUUCUCGGAACAAAACAUGCCUCAAGGGUAAUGAUCCCCGCUCGACGAGGUAGCAUAAUUAACACAGCUAGUGUUUGUGGAAGUAUAGGCGGUGCUGCUUCACAUGCCUACACUAGUUCAAAACACGGCGUUGUGGGGCUAAUGAAAAACACGGCCAUCGAGCUUGGAUCGUAUGGUAUUCGGGUGAAUUCUGUAUCACCUUAUAUCGUUGCAACGCCGAUGGUUAAAAAGUACUUAAAGUUAGAUAUUGAUGAUGAUGGGGUUUUACCAUUUUAUUCUAACCUAAAGGGUACUAAUCUUGUGCCAAAUGAUGUGGCUGAAGCUGCUUUAUACUUGGGAAGUGAUGAAUCUAAGUAUGUUAGUGGUCACAAUCUUGUUGUAGAUGGAGGGUUCACAGCUGUAAACACUGGAUUAUGUGUGUUUGGACAAUCUGCUUAAAUAUGCGCAAUAUACAUGUAGAUAAUUAUGUCUA